AUGACGAUUCGUGGGCUUCUCGAUAAUCGUGUUGAUAGCGACUUCUGCGCAGCCUUUGAGUCAUGGAGAGAUUUAUUGAUAUAUUUAUUGGAUCUAUCGGAACUUACGGGGCUCGAACCCGCAUCUUCCGCCUUGACAGGGCAUCGGGUGUUCAGUGAUUUGGUCACACUUUUGGGUGGUGCUGUAGCUGGAAUCCAUUUCAUGACAGAUGAGCACUUUGGCAUAAGUGUAGUUGAAUACAUGGCUGCUGGCGCGAUACCAAUUGCACAUAAUUCAGCUGGCCCAAGGAUGGAUAUUGUGUUACCAGAAGAUUCGAAGCAGACUGGGUUCCUUGCCCAGAGCGUAGAGGAAUAUGCUGAAGCCAUUAUUGAAGUCAUUAAGAUGCCAGAGAAUGAGAGGCUGGAGAUAGCUGUUGCUGCGAGGAAGCGAGCCUCCAUGUUCUCAGAGCAAAGGUUUUAUGAAGAUUUUAAGGCUGCUGUGCGACCAAUCAUUUGUGAUGGUACCAAAUGA